AAAAAAGAGACAAGAGGUCAUCCUACACGAUUGAGUAAUAAAAAAUAUUAGAACAACUAAAAAGUGUCUCCAAUCGUGUUCCAGGUAAACAUCCAAGUAAUAGAUGUGGGAAAAGAAAGCGUGAUGCGUCAGAGAUAGAGACAAUGACAAACUGGACCAAAAAGAAUAUCUUCUUCGAGCUGGAUUAUUGGUCCUCCAUCGAACUUAAACACAAUCUUGAUGUUAUGCACGUGGAGAAAAAUAUAUGUGAGAGUUUAUUGGGAACUUUACUUAUGAAUGAAAAAUCAAAAGACACAUACAAAGCAUGACAAGACUUACAAAAGAUGAAUAUUCGACCACAUCUAUGGCUAAUAAAGAAAAACAACAGGUUCUUCCAGCCACAUGCUCGUUACUCUUUCAAACCCGUUGAUCGAGAACAUUUUUGUCAGUUCAUUAGAGAAGUGAGACUACCUGAUGGAUUUGGAUCGAACUUUAAAAAGAAGGUGCUUUCUAGUAAUUCAAAUAUAAUUGGGUUAAAGUCUCAUGAUUAUCACAUUCUCAUGCAUCGAUUGCUACCAAUAGGGGUCCAAGCAGGUUUGCCUAAAGAUGUUUCGUCAACAAUCAUUGACCUCUGCACCUUAUUUAAAAAAAUAUGUGCACGAUCGUUAUGUGUGGAGGACAUGCGAAAUGCACAAAAGGAAGUGGUAAAGAUAUUAUGCAAUUUGGAAUUGAUAUUUCCUCCGGCAUUUUUUGACGUAAUGGUUCAUCUAGUUAUGCAUUUACCCGAAGAAGCUAUUCUUGUUGGGCCUGUGCAUAGAUGGAUGUAUCCUUUUGAAAGAUACAUGAAAAAGUUGAAAUCGUAUAUGAGAAACAUGGCCAAGCCUAAAGGCUCAAUAGCAGAGGGUUAUGUUGCAGAUGAAGCAUUGACAUUCUGCUCUAUGUAUCUUGAGGGUAUGCAAACCAAGUUUAACCGUCCCGAUAGAAAUGCAGAUGAUGGCAUUCCAAAGAGGCAGUUGCAUGUGUUUUCAUCACAAUGUCGGCCAAUUUCAAAGACAACAGUCCCUAGACUUUGUGAGAAGGCCAAAAAAUCAUUGGAAUGGUUUGUACUAGACAACUGUGAUGAAAUUAAAGACUACAAAUCCAAAUUUGAAUUUGAUUUUCCUGUCGGUGAUUUGAAAACACAAUUUUCCACAUGGUUUAAGUAUAAUGCAAAUAUAUCUUCAUCUUCAUCAUCAUCUAUGUCUUCGGAGCUUACCAACAAAUUAACUGCAAUGGCACAUGGUUUCUUGAACGCAUAUUCUUACAACGCUUGCAUAGUCAAUGGUGUUAGGUUUGUGGUACACAGUUGUGAUGUCCAACGCGCUACCCAGAAUAGUGGGGUGUUUUCAAUCGGAGAAGAUGGUAUUCCAUUCUAUCCAUUCUAUGGUCAACUAGAGGAGAUCAUAGAGUUGAACUACUUAGAUGGUUAUUCGGUUGUACUGUUUCGUUGUAAAUGGUUCAAAACGUCUGGUAAGUGA